AACAUCUCUAAGAUUUUAGCUAAUUAAAGAAUGUUAAAAUGUUUAGCAAAAAUACAAAAUUUAAAAAAGAUACAAAAAAACUUCAAGAUGCAAAAGUUCAAUUUGUUAAAGCUGAAAGUCAGCUAAAAUUUUCCGAGAAUUUAAUUAAUAAAAAUGUAAGCUCAUUGUGGAAGCAAAGUGUCAAUAAAUUGGAAGUUAAACGAAUUGUGGAAUCUUUGGAAGCGUCAAUUAAAAAAGAAGAAUUGGUGGAGUUGAAAAAUGUGUCAAUAGUAAAAUGUCUCCUUGAUGAAAGUUUAAGUGAUGAGAAACCUGAAAUUUUGCAUAAAAUAAGUGAAAAAUGGUUUAAUCGAGCAACUAUUGUUAUAUUUUCUUUGAAAGGAGAGCAAGUCUUCAUUUAUUGGAAGACUAAAGAGCUGCGUAACUUUUUAACAUUCAAGGAUUACAAUGAUGAAUCUUUAAACUUUGAUGAGGAUUUAAGAAAAUUCAUUUUAGAAUUUUUGAUAGUUUCAUUGGAUAAUGGACAUUCAGGCCUGAAUCGUUGUUGUACUUUAAGCUACUAUAGAAAUCAAAUUGAACUUCAUUUCUUGGCUGAUUCACGUGACUACAACCUUCUAUUUAUUGCUUCUGAGCAAGGAUAUGCAUCCGUAGUUAAUAGUUUACUCGAAUUAGGAUUAUCAUCGGAAAUUCCCGAUGUUGAUGUCAAUCCACAAACUUUAGCAUGGAAUAACCGACAUUUUGAUGUUCUUUUGAUUUUGCUUCACGCCAAUUUGACAUAUCCGAGCUCAUUUAAUGUAGAAAAUUGCUCAAAAGAAAUAAAGGAUUUUGUAGAAAUAUCCAAUGAUCUUCAUGAAAGCAUUAUAGAACAAGACGAAGAAAGAAUUAAUGAAAUUAUUCAAAAUUAUCCAAAUCUUCGAUAUUUUUACAACACAAAUAAUGAAUCUGCUACAAAAAUUGCACUGGUCAAUAACCUUAUCGAUAUUUAUGUCAUUUUAAUCACAAAUAAGAUCUUUCUUGGCUCACAUGAAAACACUGAAGAAGUAAUGAAAAAUAUAGAUUAUGAAGACCGUCGAAAAAUCCGUGAAAUACAUUUCAAGGAGCUUCAAGACCUCCCAGAAAAGCACAUCAAUAUACUGGUUGCCCAUUCUUUUGUUGGCCACGACAGCCAUGAUGUCAAAAAGAAGCUCAAUCUUGUCAUCAAUGCUUUCAGAGUUCUGAAUAUGAUCGCUGGAAUUAAAGAAGUUCUAAUGGUCACAGCAGCAUCAAAAAAGUUUUGCAUCAUCUUCGAUUUUAACCGAGAUUCUGUUCAAUUAAUGGAUCCCACAGUUGAUUCUUCAACUGCAGGUCUAUUUUACUUAUCUGGCAGAAUUUAUAUUGGAGCAAAGCAACUUCUUGACUCAAAAACAGAAGCUUUCACAUUUGCUACUUUAGCUCAUGAACUUUCUCACUAUGCGAUGUACUUAACUUAUCAUAAUGAUGCAAAUCCUUAUAAGAAAAAUGACAACAAAACUAUGAAUGAAGUUGAGAAAAUUUCUAUUUUAUGUGAAGAACAGAAAGAAAAGGAAGAUGUGAUUUUAAUGGUUUAUAGUCUAUACUCAAAAGAACAACAGCAUGCUGAACUUAUUGUCCGAAUCCCACACUUAAUAGCACUUUACUAUGAUAAUCAUGAAAAAAUUAAUUCAUUAAGAUUAAUUUAUGAAAAAUUGUUUAAUUUAUAUGAGAAAAAGAUAGUCCCGGAAAUGAUUGAAUCAAUUCCAGAAAUUGAAUCAAAAAUUGAAAAAGAAAUUGAAAAGAAAGAUCAAAAAAUUUCAAAACUGAAGCGAUUCUUCAUUUGUUUCGUAGUUUUUGGAGCUUUAGUAGCUUGCCUUUUGGGAUUAAUUGCUUAUUCUUUAUACACUCCUAAUAAAAAAUUUAAUGAACUUUCAAUAUUCGACCAAGUUUUAGUCAAAAACUCAAUGGUUGAUUACAAUAAUGUAAUAAUUAAAUUCAGCGACAUAUUUAGUGAUGAAAAUGCAUACACAAGUUUAACAUCCGCUCAUAUUGGGCAAAUGAUUAAAGGCCAAACUUUAAAUUUGAGUGAUCCACAUUUAUUUUAUUUAAAUUCAUUUAUGAAAUUUAAGUGGGAAAACUUAGCGCAAAAAUUAAAACAAAAGCUUUUGAUUUCUAAUGUAACAUUUCAAAAUGAAGUUAUAAUGCUGAAUCAAUUAAAUCGAGAAGCUCCUGAGGUUUUUAAGUGUCUCAAUUCCACACAGAUCAAAAAUAUUCUCAAUGGAAAUGAGUUUUUAAUCGGAAAAUUUGUUAAAAAUGAAACAAAAUUUUAUGUUGAAAGAAAAUUUAUUUAUGAGGAUAUGGAAGUAAUUUAUUCAAAUUACAGUGCAAAAAAUAGCAACUUAUCAUUUAAAUUAUUCAUGAAUAACUUUUUAAAUAGAUCUGUUAAGAGCAUUGUUCAAGAUAUUGAAAAUUAUAAAAAAAUUUCAACCGUAAUCGACCCAGUUAAUUAUAAUAAUUCUGACAUUCAGUCAUAUUUCAAAGAUUUUGAUACAAUUAUUAAUGAGACAGAAAAGUCAAAAUUCUUUAUUUUGUCAUCGGAAGCUGGAUCUGGCAAAACAUUUACAUUUGUACAAUUUGCAUUAAAGAUUAAAAAGAUGUAUCCAAACCGAUGGGUUUCAUACAUUAAUCUUCGUGAUCAUGCAAAUAUCUUUGAUGCAAUGAAAGGUAAAGUCAGAUCUAAAGAUGAUCUACUAGAAUUGCUCCAAAAGCUCCUCAGUGUUGAUACUAGAAAUGCAUUCGAGUUUCAAUUGUUUAAAGAUCGAUUUAUGUUGGGAAAAAUUGUUUUACUUUGGGAUGGGUUCGAUGUGAUUGUACCAGAGUAUGAUGAUUUUAUCCUAGAAGUUCUUAGAUUAAUCAAAUUAAAUACUAGCAUUCCGCAAUACAUAUCUACAAGGAAAAUUUACUCUACAAUUCUAAAGAAUCAUUUGGAAAUAAUUAGUCAUGUUUUGGUGCCACUUGACAGACAGUUACAGAAUGAAUUUUUACGAAAACUUUUAAUUUCUAAAAAUGUCAAUGAGUCAACAAUAUCAUCUAAAAUUGGGCAUAUUACACAAAUAUUCAAUCCGAUUGUAAGUAGUAAUCAAGCACUUGAUCGAUCAUCUCGAGAGCUUAAUACGCCAUCAAUGCUAAUUAUAACUGCUGAUAUUAGUGAAGAAAAAGAUUUUAAAAAUAAUCCAAAUUUAUAUUAUAUCUUUGGAAAAUUCAUAGAAAAGAAAUUUGACUCGUUUACUAAUUCAUCGGCAAGUAUUAAGACUGCCUUAUUAAGUUCUGGUAAAUUCACACUAACACAAUUUCAUCAAAAAUAUGCACUUAAAAGUAUAUUUCUGUUUGUGUCUUUCAAAAUGAAAAUCAACAGAUUACAAAUUAUGAAAAUGAAGCUUCCGAAAAAUGUUGGAGCGAAUGACAUAUCGCAAAUUGGAAUUUUGUACUUAACCAAUGAAAAUGAAUUUGAAUUUGCUCAUAAAAGUAUUGCUGAAUUUUACUUUGCUCAAUAUAUUGUUGAUAAUAUUUACAACUCAAAUGAUAUAGAUAAUGAAGCAGAAGUAUCUUUAAGACUUGAAUUGUUCUUUGCUUAUUUGUUGAGUCGAAAUCAGCGGGCUGAAUACAUUACUAUUUUCUUGGAGCAAUUUCUACUUCAGCCUAAUGACGAUAGUCAGUAUAAUUUUAAUUAUAAAAUUUCAUAUUUGAUUAGAACAAAAUUUAAAAGCCGAUUUUUGGAAAUUGUAAAGCAGUCGAACAAGGAGCUUGUUAAGUUUAUGAUUGAUUUUAUCAAGAAAGAUCAUGAGCUACUCACGGAUUUAUUAGGAAUCAAUCAAAUUGAAACAUUUUAUACUUCAAUUUAUAAACCUAGUUUAGAAUCCUGCAUAACCAAACCAGAUUACAUUAGGAGCUUAAUGAUUAAUUAUUUAUCAGAAAAUGAGUAUAAAAGCUUCAUUAAUGGGGUAAAUCAAAGAGGAAUUAAAUUAUUUGGCAUGUUCUAUUGUUACCAAAUAGAUAAAAAAAUAACUAGUAAAGAAUUAUCACUCCAAGAUGAAAUGCUCAAUCAUACUUCAUUCAUCAAUUUUUUUGAUACUCUUAGCUUGACAUUAAAUCAAAAUGAGCAAAUAGAAUUAUAUAAAUCUGCUGUUGAUCCAACUAUAUACUUUGCAAAUCUUUUUAAAAAUGAAAUUUUUACUAAUUUUUCCAUGUCUGAUUAUGAAAGUAUAUGGGAAACAUUGCAAAACCUUUCAAACAACAACACUGUAAUUCUCAAAAAUGCAUUAAGCGAUUCAAUUGCUAUGUGUCUUGAUAAGGAAAUAUUGAACACCGAUGAACUGUUGUCAUUUUUGCUUAAUAAAAUGAAAGAGUUGUUUGAUCCACAGAAAAUUAUUGAUAUAUUUAAGACUAAAAAACUAUUGUUUAGAGCUAUUCGGAAGUUGAACCAAUUUAAGAAACUUUGGAAUUUUAUUACUGAAAAUUUGAGCAAACCACAGCAAAAAGGAAUCCUUGAAAACAUCUAUGAUAAGGAUAAUGAAGAUUCUGGAUGCUAUUUCAAAAUAUACGAAUUUAACACUUUUACUUUUUGCUUCACUGGAUUUAAAAUCUUUCAUUUUGCAUUACUUGUAGAACAGCAAGAAACAUUCAAUUAUGUUAGAAAAAUUUACGAAGAGCAUUUUAGCAAGCAAGAUUUACAAGAUAUAGCAUUAAGUUCGAUUGAUAUUUAUCUCUACAUGAUCGUAUAUGAAAGUAAAGAAUCCUGCUGCUACUUUGUCUUAUACUUAAAGAACUUAUUUGAAGGAAAUUAUAAAAUUCUUAACAAUUUCUUAAAAGGAAAACAUCAGCAAACAAGCAUCAAUCUGCUUGAAAAUUUCAAAAACUUUAGACCUAUGAAAAUUCCAGAACUAAAAGCAUUUGAAAGCUUAAAGAAUAUUACCGAAAGUCGAGAUAAUUCAACAUAUGAUUAUUGUGAUAAUUUGUUAAAAGAUGUACCUCAGGUUGUUCCUAGUGAUGAUCAAAAGGUUUUGAUAAAGAAGGGAAAAUCUAAAAAUCCAUUCUUGCCAUGAUUAGAGCAAUAAAUCUACUUUUAUAAAUCCUGUUUUUAAACAUCCGAAAAUCAUAUUUUGCUGGUCAAAUUGAAUGUCAGGUGACUUAGGAAAUAUCAGAACAAAUCCUUUAACGAUACAAGGAUAUCAGGACUAUCUGUCAAUUUAGAGGAAGUUUAGUAUGAUAUUGUACACUGUCUGAAUAAUCCUUUUAAACAUCGCUCAUUCAUUCAUUCAUUAAUAAAUAAAAAUAAAAUCAUUAAGGUUAAGGUUUAUAAAAUAAACAUAUUAAAGUGAUAAGUGGAGAAAAUUAUGUUUCAGCAGUUGUCUUUUGCCCUCAAAAAAUGUAAAUAAAUUUUAAAAACGAAAACUUAUAUUUUAUGACAAUACUUUGAGCAUUAAUUUCUUUUUUAAGUAUUCUUGAAAUAUUUCAGGUCUCUUCAUGGAAAAAUCCUUCAGGCAAAAGCUGUGUCUUG